UAUCAUUGCCCUGGUUCUUCCAGUGCAGCGCCAGGCUCUCGGCCGUCUCGCCGUCCUCAAUUAGAGCCUGGAUGGCCGCCACCAUCUCGUCACCUUCCACCACGUGGUCCUCGAAGAGCGUCAUGUCCGGCAAUGCGUCCAUGUAGGCCUGACGCUCGGCCGGGUCCCACAACUUGCUCUCAUCGAUCUCGAGGUCCACGCCCAUAUUCUCCAUGGUUAUCAAGGACUAUGUAGUCAAUCAAGACACCUUGAUGCAAUAAUCCGAAAAAUGACUGGCAACGUCGCCUCUAACUACCGAUAAUCUCUCUUAGGUGCGAAUUUGGUUUUCAAGAGACGUAGUGUCACUCUGUAACUCGAAGCGAUGGCGGACACAAGCAGCAAGCGUGCGCUGGAUGAAGCAGAGGUGGAGACGCAGCUGCAACCGACGCAGGAUACGCUGGUUGAGUGCUGUGGCUGCGGCAAGAGUGACGUCAAGUAUCGUUGUCCCCGUUGCGAGCGCAUCACGUGCUCACUACAGUGCUGCGUUGCGCACAAGAAGCAGUUCGGCUGCAAUGGAAGACGCGACCGCACCAAGUUCGUUGAACUCAAAAAGUUCACGGACGCAGAUCUCUCCAGCGGUAAGAGAACCAAUCCAGUUGCUACUCGAUACGAUGCUCAAUGCUUACCUGGUUGCUAUACGUGCUUGUUAUUUGUUGCUUUUUGUAUAGAUUUUUUCUUCUUGGAGGAGGUUUCUCGCUCCACGAACAGUGCGGCACGGUCUCGGAGCCAACUGAACGCCAAUGCUCGGCGCUAUACUAGCAACAAGAAGCGAAAAGUGGCAACCGAUGCUGGAAGUUCAUCAGCUCCGAUCAAUCCUGACAUUCCAGCGGAUUGGCUAGCGCGCUUUCCGAUCGCCGUGCAGCUGUUUGCCGAGCAUUCGGCUAAACGAGGCGUGGCGUUGACGCUGCUCGCUCCAGGCAUGAGCAAGCGCGCUCGUAACUCGUCCUACAUGGAUACGAAGAAGAACACCAUGUACUGGCGUGUAGAGUGGGCCUUUCCCAGUGCCGAAGUGCCGGUGAGUCAUCAUGAGGAGCGAGCGAAUGAGAGAGAUACUGUGUUCUCGCUACUCGCAAAGUAUCUAACCCCCAGCCAGGAAAACGUCGCUAUCUGCGGAAAGCUCAAAAAAUAUGCCGUAGCGGACUGGGAGAAGCACGUUGUGCUUCUAUUGCGAAAAGAGUUCACUCCUGCGUCACAGCCACAGUAUUACCGGUUGGACGGCAGCCAGAGCGUUGAAAGCAACCUGAAGCGGAAGGCAGUGGUUGAGUUUCCUGUCAUCAUCGUGGCUCUGGAUGCUGAUGCCGAUAAGUAUCCAGUGGCUCACGAUGUGAUCGAGACGAUCUCAUCAGUGGGGACGAAUGCAAUCGAAGAGCCUUCUACUGAAGAACCUGAAGUGAUGGAGGUGGAAGAAGAAGGAUCAAGAAAUGAAAUCUCGUCGGAGUUACUGACUCUCGAAGACCCAAGCACUACAGACAAAAUUUGCUCCAUCUCAGAAGAGGAAAGUGAGGACGUUGAGGCUUCUACUCAACCGAAAAGUGUGCUGAUUGAGGAGAUCCAAGUCACCGCUCACUGACAGAUGACAAACCCAAUACUCAAUCAAUAAAAACUGCAUGAUAGAUCUCAUCUCGAUAGUGAAC